AUGGACGACUUCUCCAAGCCUGGGGUACCUAACUUCUUUGGACUGCCGCCCUCACCGUCAAACUUCAUUGAGCCUGGAAAGCGACCAAUGUCGUCAAUGACUCCUGUCAUAGUCGUGGAUGACGAUGGAGAUGUUGAGUUGGUGGUUGGUGCAGCAGGAGGAACAACCAUCACCACGGCAACAAGUCUGAUGACAAUGGAGGAUCUUUGGUUCGAGUCAACUCUUGCAUGUGGAGGAAACAGAAGUCGUAUUCAUCAGCAGCUUCUUCCCAGUCAAACAUUCUAUGAGCCAGGAUAUCAACAAGGUAGGUUGGGCGUUGUCGAUGGUCUCACCGAGAAAGGUCAAGACAUGCAGAAGAUUGGAGGCGUCUAUGCUAUCGCCCAAGCUAUCGCCCGUUUGGAAGAUGGUCAGCUAGAAGCUUACUCAGAUACACGAAGAGAUGGAAUACCUGACGGAUACUAG